GGACCUCCCAACGUCACGAGAGCUGGAGCUUGAGAUGCUUCUGCGCCAACGCGACGGGCAGGUCGCAGAGCUCACCGAUGAGGUUACGCAUUUACGACAGUUUCUCGCGAACCAGCCUCCUCCGUCUACCACGGAGCCAACUACUAUUCCACCUUCGUUUAUGUCACUGCUCUUGCCCCACCUCACCCAACGCGGAACGGCCGCCACAUCCGGCUCCGCUUCAGUCACCACUGCGCUCAUCCAGAGAGCCAAGAUACUGCAAGAAGAGAACGAUGAGCUCUACGAGCUACUGAAAACAGGAGAGACUGGGCGACUGAAGGAGGAUGUUCGUUCUCUGAGAAGAGUUGUACAGAAGCUCGAGGGAGCGCUACGAGAGUCGCACCAAGUCAUUGCAUCUCUAUCCGCCGAACUGGAGAAGUCCCAAGACGCGCUCCUCCAGUCUCACGGGCGCCAACUACAUCCAGGGCACCAACCUUCCCCAGCGCCUCGAGGCCAUCAGCUUCCGCCACACUUGUCGAACGGCGCUGCGAAGUUGCCUCCUACUGGGCCCAGAGCGCAUAAAAAGCCACGUCUUUCGGAGUCGCAGAUGUCACCACCAGCGUCGACUGCUCCCUUGCCUCCAAAGCCACACCUGUCCGCGGCAAACGCUACCCAGCCCCGUGGCGGCUCGCGGGACUCUCGUGCUUCCGUUGACCGGAAGCCAGCUGAGGGUAGUGGGAGCAUGGACGUAGACGAGGAUAGCCGAUCCGGACCGCGGUCGCCAUUGCGGGAACGCGACCGUCCGCCCCACAGAGACAGGGACCGUGAGCGCGAGCGCGAUCGUGAUAGGGACAGGGACCGUCCCAGGAACCGGGAUCGUGAGCGCGACAGAGAGCGCGACCGUGGUGACCAUGAUAGGUCGUCUCGACGAAAUGGUGGCGGAGGUGGGGGUGGAGGCCGCCGAGGAGGGGGCAGACGGACAAACGGAACCAACGCCAACACCAACAACAUCGAUUCUUUCGCGAAUGGACGGGACCGAACGUUAGCGGAGCGCAUGGGAUUGUGAACGGACACUCGAUUGGCGUGCCGGAUGGACGCACGCGUUGUGUUGUUUAGUACAUACGGUAUGACUAUUUCUUUGGGAUUCUGCAGCACGUGUAUUCAUAGGUCUAACUUAUGCGUAUCUGGACCGAUUCUUCCACAGUUGUAUCAUAUUGUGUUCACUCUCUAUUGUCUAUCGUCGUAAUGCUUUGCGGAAUCGUAGUGUUGGCCCUCAUUGUAUCUGUUCCCCCACUCCACUCAUGCUGUGUACCGCACAUCUGUUUGCUGACCUAUUUUUCCCUCAUGGCCAUUGUGUAUCUCACUCACGACAUCUGCAUGGUUUUCUUUAGCUUGGAUCUGUUACCCUCGAUAUAUCAUCAACGAAUCAUUCCCCUUCAUCUUUGUAGCUUUGGACAGGUCUGGAUAGCAUAGCCUACACGACAUACGUAGGAUAGACGACGCAAUGGCGCAUGUUGCCCUGACCGCAACACAACAUCGAGCUAUACUGCCCUUGGCAUGCUUCGCUGCGUCAUGUCAGCGGUACGUCUCAGUAUCUGCUAUAACAUGUCGAGCUGAUGUUUCACCAACCUACACGACACCAACUACAGGCCACGCGUCGUUGAACCUCCCUUUACCCUCAACAGAUCCCUUCGUGAUGCCCUUCGAAAGCUCAUCCGAUCAGAUGACUGGGAGAUGCGGAUUGUUGG